CACAUAGCAGGUGCAUGACAAGCGCCGCGCGGUACGGUGAACAUGAUGAAGAGGACAGACUGAGAACCAUUUUCAAACCAGUCGCAUGUUCACUCUGUCACGCUUUAAAUGAGAUGUGGAUUUUCCCGGAAUAUUUUUUAUUAGUUUGUUAAAAUAAUUUGAUGUUCUGCCAAAGACAUCUCGAAUAGAUCCAACAAUGAAGACGUUUCUAUUUCAAUGCCUACUCGUUGUAUGUGUGCUAAGGAGUGGUGAAUCCCUGGAAUUCACUGAUCAGCCACAGAGCAUGACCAUCCCAGAAGGCACAAGUAUCAUCUUAUCCUGUGAUGUAGACCAGACACAGAAUGUGGCCUUCUCUUGGACCCGCAAUGAUGUCCCUGUAGAAGAUUCAUCAAGGAUCUUCAUGGACACCAGUAACAAUCUCAAGAUUGGUGAUGUAUCCAGGGAAGAUGCUGGCAGCUACAAAUGUGUAGUGCAAUCAAGCUCGUUAUCUGAACCAAUCACAAGUCAGCCAGCUGUCAUCAAUGUCACUUGUAAGUAUAUUCUUCAAAAUCCAUAUUAUUUCAUUGAAAUAAUCUACUUUCUUCUCCAUGAUCAUCUUUGACAAUUUUCAGGUACAUUUCUGUAACACUCUUGCUGUUAUAUUGAUUACCAGAAGUUUGUUAUCUAGAUGUUAUUGCCUCCAUGCAACCAUGGACCCUAGUAGCACUCUACUAUACCCAAUUUAGGUUCCAUAAUGUGAUAAACUUCAAAAGGCACGGUUCGUUUGUUGCUAUUGUGUUUAGAAGGGCAUACUGCUUAUAUUCAUAAUUAGUAGGCCUAUUUCCUCCCAAAAUGAAAAGAUAAAAUAGAAAAAUACUACAAAAGGUUGAUUUAUUGUUACUAUUCUUUCCAAUUAAAUUUCACUCGCUAAUUGUCUCAAUAAGAAGGUUUGGAAAACAAAAGAUUGUUGUCUUCUCAGGUGGCGGAGGUAAAUGGAUUAUACUUGUAAUUGCCUGUUUCAGAAUUUCCUGUAUGGAAAAUUAACUCUUGAUGGAUUUAGUUGGAAUACUUUGGAGUAGAGAAUUAGUCCCAGGAUUCGGGGAACACUGUCGUAUGACAAAGUUCAGUGAACUGAAUUUUCUGGGUCCUUUUGUCCAGCUUAUUAAAAAAUAAUAAUAAAAAAUAAAAUGUUUAUUAGCGGACACGAGAUGAUGAUCACUUCAAGUAGAAAUGAGAGCUGUUUAAAUAAUUAAGUUUUAAAUUUUGCUUGAUAUUGUUGAUGGCAUUUCUCUAAAUAUUCUGAGUUAAAUUCGGAAGGUAGUGAAAUAUUGAAUGAAGAUACAUUGGCUUGAUAAGUUUUCUGACUAUUCCUAGUCAAAUAUACAUUUUUUUGCAAAGGAGUAUUUAUUUUGAAUAAGCUUUGCCAAGACAGAUUAUAUGGACCAUGUUUAAAACUUUCAUCAGAAAGACAAUAAUUUGUUUUCUUCAAACAUGAUACAGUAUUGUAUGUGAUUACAGUCUUGUUGGAUAUUUUCUUAGUCUUGUAUGUAUUUACCAGUUCAAUUUUAUUCACCCUCCGACCCUUGAUUUGAGCCUAAGUCAAGUUCAUGUCUGACUCACUGGUAUGCUUGGCAAGGAACCAUCGUUUAUUUAUCCAGUACUCCACAAAGAAACCAAGUCAGGUAGUAAAAAUUGAUGUGACAAUGCCCAGUGCUGUGAGGUCAUGUUUGUCAAAAUUUAUUUGGGGGGGGGGGGGGUCCAAUAAUUCAUUUGUUUUGUAGGAUGUACAGCACACAUACUAAAAUGUUCUCAUUGUUUUGAUAAUUUAUCAAAGAGUAUCAUGUUAUAUCUUACCCAUCAAGUGGCAUUUACAAUAAUUAGUUGAAAAAUACCUGACUCUUGCUGGGAACUAUGAGGUGAUGUUUCUCUUAAAAUGUGAUCAAUGUGUUUUUUACACCAUUUUUUUCCACAGCACCAGACUCUAUUAAUGGUACAUAUGUAACCAUAUUGUUUUGUUUUCAUCCAUUUACUUCUGCCUUUUAUUGCUUACCUGUAGCUCAGGAUUGCUAAAGUUUCUAACAGUGUUUUGCGGGACAAGCUAUCUUUUGGCUAGCCUACUUUUGCACACCCAAAGAAAAAGAUAUAGAUUGGUCUUCAGAUUGUCUUAAUAUCCAUCACUUUAAUAGUACUGGACUAAGCACAAAUGAGAGUGUAAAAAGCCAGCUUGGAAAAAGUAACAGAGAAAUGCUCAUGAGAGAAAUUCAAAUUGAGAUGCAGAAAAUUAUUCUGAUAUUCAGAAAAUAUACAAACACAUGAAUAUGAAUGUAUAUAUGUAGCAAAAAAAAGAGAGAAAAUAUGAUUGAUUGUGUUGGUUCUUUUAUUGCAAAGCACAGAGAAGGAAGUCAAUAGUGAAAAAAGGUGAGACAAGGAGUAGAAGAAAAGGUAGCUUCUUCCUUCAGCUUUGUACAAUAUCAAGUUGAUAACUGAUCCAGAGGCAGUGCCUCAAGUUCACAAACAUCCAUAUAUUGCAGAGGAUGAAACACAAAGAUCCCUCUAAUUAAAAUCAAUACGAGCGGACUUCUCUGAAUAAUUCAGUGUUACUUGAAUCCAAGUCUGCAUCCCUGUAGCAAUCGCAGAUUAAUUUCGGAACUUUACUUUAUGUUGUGAGAAACAAGAUAAGAGAAUGAUGUCUACUUUUCAUAGGAAUGACGUCCAAAGAGGCUUAUUUUACUACCUAAAAUACAAUUCACUGCCUCUAGAUUAAGAAAAUAGCUGGGAGGGAGACAGGGCUAUGCUUUCUUUAGUUAUUGAUUAUCUUACUUGGUGUGAGGAAUCUGAGGAUGUUUGAGGGUGGGGUGAGGAAAGGAAGAUGUGACAUACUAUCUUUUCAUGUGUACCAAAUUUAAUUCAUAUCUUGCUUUAAUUGACAUGAUUAUCUUCAGGCAUAUGUUUACUCAAUGACUGCUAACUUCUUUAUUAAUGUUUCCAUCUCGUUCCCUCCCUGUCGUGAUACAUGGAUGUUCCCUCUCAUAUUGUAUGGGUCGAACUUUUUUAGAAGGUGCUUUUAUUUUCACUUGUUUCACAUCAGAGAAUUCCUUCUGUAUUUACACUCCUGCUCAUGACAAUACUAGAAUCUUGAAGAAAAAAAAUACAAAUAAGGGAAAUGAGUGAAAAAAUAAUUUGUGGAAAACAGUAUUUUGAAAUUUUGAAUCUGGGCAUUCAAGUUUAGCCAUCAUUGCAAAUGAAAGCAAAUCCAAAAUCUCAAACUCUUAAAUUUCAUCAAGACAUGUACAUGUAGGUAUAAUGAGAUGUGAGUAUUUCAAGAUAAGCUUCUCCCCUUCUCAAUUAUGUUAAAAAAAUUCAUGUACAUGUAAUUCAUUAAUAUAGACUACAAAACAUCUAUUAUGUCUCCUAACAACAUUUGAAUGAUUCAUGAUUUUUAUUAUUUUAAUUUAGAAUUUGCUCUUGAUCACAAUAUUGUUAGGGUAAUUUGGAUAUGAAUAUAUUUAGGUCAUUAUAGAGUAUAAAAUAGAAGCAGUCAGGAGCAUACUGCCUCAAUUAUCGUGCAAUUGAAAACAUGAAUAGAGCAGGAAAGCUUGUAAUGAAGCAUGAUGAUGAAGAUGUUCUGUCAUCUUAUGAGUGUUAAUGACAUGUAGAGCAGAGCAGCAGGGAAGGUUAUAGCCAAGAUGAACUGGGUCUUCAAGGAAAAUCAAGUAGAGCGAAAUGAGACAUGAAACUUCAAACUGUGCUGCAGCAGGUGAACUUCUCACUAAAUUUCAUCCCAGGCAUUUGAAUCUUGGCAAGAGUAACAGCAUGAGUACACAGCAUGCACUAAAUACGGAUGAAAACAUUGUACAAAUGUUGAACUCUCUAUGUGUGCACCAUCCUUCUUCUUGUCAUCUUCAUUUUGUUUUGUUUAAUUUCUCAGUUUCAAAUUUGGGAAAUUUGAAUUAGUAUUUAUAUGUAUUUGUAGCACUGACCUUUGACAAGUUAAACUGGAAUUGAAAUGUUUGGAUUUUUAUAGUGACAUUUCUGGAAAAAUGAGUCUACUACGCUACUUGUACAGUCAUUGUGUGUGUUAUCCGUCCUUGCGUCUUACUUUAUAUAUGAAGCACAAGGUUCUUUUUAAAUUGACUUGAAUUCUCUCAUGUUAGGGCUACUAUCUCAAGUAGAUAUGAAGCGUAGUAUCAAUAUGAACUAUGUACAUUUAGUUACAUGGAUGUGAGAUAAUGAAAUAAUACAUGUACAUCAGUCUAAUAGGGCAUUAGUAAAAAUUACCGACCCAAAGAACCUUUCCAGAACAGUUCUACCAUGCUUCAGGCAUAUUAGAGGGUACUUGGACUGUUAUGUGUGCAUUAUUAUUUGUUAAAAUGACAGUAGCGUGGAUUCUUUUUUUAAAAUACUUUCUUCUCAAAACUUUAACAGGUCAUAAUCAUAAUAGAGACCUUUCGUUUUCUUUGACGAGCCACGUGGACGUACGAGAUUAAGGAAUUUUGGGAGCGCUGCGCAUGCGCGAAGUAAUCUGUGACGAGCCUUCUCGUUCACUGCCCAAAUCUGUGACUCGUAUUUGAGGGUUUUGACGUUCGGUGUCAUAGUGCUCGAACGAGUGCUAGUUCGUACAUGAUGACGUCAUCCAAGCUUAGCAAAAAUGAAUUAAGCCGCAUCAACAUUCGAGUUUCGUUGAUUCAGCAGGGCUGGUAAACUGCAAAUUACUGCUUGUUACCAGCUUUUCCAUUACAUUUAGUGUGUCCUGUUUACAGACACUACAUAUCCAAUAGGUAAUUGAUGUUCUAUUUCCAAACAACUGUGUUUUUUUUCGGCUUUUUCGCAAGAGUGCAAAUGUUGCACCCACAGUCGCCCCACGUAGCGUGAUGCUUCGCCUGAUUCUCCGGCCGAGCAUCGGCCCACGGCCCGCUCGCUAUCAAGCUGGUAUAUGCUGUGGCCUGGUACGGGUACGUCGACUUAUAAUCGAAACUGUUUUCAUCAAUGUACGAACGUGAUACUGAACUAGCGGUGUCACCACUUCCGGUGAACUAGGACUACGAUGCAGUCGCAGACAAUCGAAAGCUUGGUAAUACUUUACUUAUGACUGACCUCACUUUAGCAAAUAAAUGCCUGCUCACAUGUGCACUCUCAACUAACUACUUCAGUAUCUUAUUAUAAAUGACAGCUUCACAUCUUUUCAUUUUGUCAUGGAAGAUAUUUUUGAUUUAAGGAUUUAUCUUGAAGAAUUUCAGCUGGGUAUGAAAAUCUCAUCGUAUCUCUCCUUCCUUUAGUACUUGCCUUUCAGAUGGGUUGUAAAGAUGAAUCUUGUUUGUCCAUUUUAUGUAGCUCACUGCAGCUGCCUUAUCUCACAAAUCAGAGAACCAAGUUCAUGGUUGACAGACUUACACCCCCAUUCAGACUUAUUUUUGUUGAUAUGAAAAUUAGAAAAGGCGCCCGAAAAAGGAAGAAAAAUAAGAAACAACAAAAAAGUAUAAAAAAAUGCAAACCAAAGCAACCUUUAAUUACCACAGAAUGGAGAUACAUCAUAUUCUGAUGUUUCAACGAAAAGAUUAUGAAUGGAAAUUACAUUUUUUUAUCAUUCUGACUGGUUUUGCAAUGCUAGUAUUUAUGCAACUAUUUUUUUAGUUGAAAUAACAGAUUUAUCUCUGGAGAGUUUGUGUACAUUUGUAUGAUAUUUUCACUUAUUUUAGGCUUUUGUAAAACAAUCUUUGUUUAUUUGAGCCUCUCUAUUUCAUUUCUCUCCACACUGAAAAGGCCAACCGGUUACAUUACCAGUCCACCCCCCCCCCCUUUAAAGAGAAAAACACUGGAAAGAACAAAUGGGUACUCCAUGGUGUGAAUUUGAUAGAAGAAAUUUGCCUUUUGUUGAAAUGCCUGAAUAUAGACUAUAUGUGAAAAGGGAUUGCUGGGAUGUGAAAAUGAGAGAUAAAGACAUGUGAUAAAUAAUGAGAACUGGCCAAACAAGAUGUCAGACUCUGUUACUAGAUGAUAGAUGACCUAUUGACAUGGUUGUUUAUAAUCCAAGGUCUAAGAUAUUCUUUGUAUCUGCUGGGUGGAUCCUCUUCAGGGCAAAUUUUUCUGUCCUAAAGUGUUCUGUACAUCUUGUAGACCUAUUUACAGGGCAUAUGUGUCCCAAAACAGUCCAAAAUUGAUAGAAUUUUAGAAUCCUACACUAUACAAUGGAUGUUUAAAGGUGAUUUAUAUCUCCAUCUUAAAUUUUCGAGCAUUUUACUGUUCAUAGCAUUUAACUUUGUAGCGUACAAUGUAUGCUAUGCUUGAAGUUAGAACUUAUUCCCUAAUAGGCAGUUGAGCUGAUAAGUAGUUGUUAAACCAAACAGUUUUGGUUUGAUCUCUGAGGAGAAUGCUUUGAAGUUAGAUCCAAUCCAAUGAUGAUUGUGAAGAGAUAAAAGCUUUGACAAGCAAACAUGAGAUGAGCUGCCAUGCAUACCUUUCUUACACCAGUUGGGUAGGAGGCUUUUCAUUUCAAUUAUCAUUCCGGUCUGUUGAUUCUUACUGGAAGGAACCAAUGUAUUAGAUAGGUGGCUGUGUUAUCAGAAAGCUAGUCGUUCCCCUCACAGACUCGUCAAUUUCAUGUCCAGCCUACAAAAGAUGCAUCAAAUUAUCAUUGAUUCAAAGCUACAUGCUCAUGUUUAGAAUUCUUUAGAAAUAAUCUUAAAGUACUUGUAACUCUGUUAUGUCAACUGUGGACAAAGCAGAAAAACAACCAAAUAAAAUCAUGGACUAGAACAAAAAUUUUGGAAAAUUUUGUGUCAGUUAUGUUG